UUAAUCUGUACGUAAUUUUCUAGAUUUAUUCGUACAGAAAAUUGAGCAACAUCAUUUCAGUCAUUUCUAGUUCUACAAAUCAAAACAAGCUGAAUAUAGUAAUGAAAUGAAAUUAGACGUCCAGAAACACCUAUUUCGAUUUGUUCUAUUUACUUUUGUUGUAACCGCCUGGGCAUUUGUUAUCACUGCAACCAGUCAUUUGGCAAGAAAAACGUUCUCGGUGACUAGCUCAAAAUGACGUUGACUGCAGAAAUGGCUGCAGCCCAGAUCCAAGAGAGACUCAAGUCUCUCUACCAUCUAGUAAAAGACAUCCAGGGCAGCAGAGAAAAGAGUGAACUUAACCUAACCAGCAUUACCAAGGCCCAAGAGAAAGCUGCCAGCGAUUCAAAAGUCUCAGCAAGCCAUCAGCAAAAGCUACGGGGGCUCUAUGUUUCUGCAGCUGCUGACGCGGAGCAAGAGGAAAGCCUUUUGAGAGAAGCCCUUUCCAAGAUAUACGAAAUUCGGUCCAUUCGAAAUGACAGGCGAAUACAGGCUAGAAAUGCUGGCAACAAGGAAACCAUCCGAAGAGGGGCUCUGAUGAAAAUGCUGCAAAUAUCUGCCCAGACUUUGCCCCUGUGGGUAGGGAAACCUGGAGAAAAGCCGCCACCUCUGUGUGGUUGCACGCCCCCAGAACAAAACCACGUUUCAAAGGCAGGUGACAUGGUUGCCGCCCUUGUAAAGGGUCCUGAGGGCGACGAAAAUUGGAUCUUGGCUGAGGUUGUGAGCUACAACACCUCUGGAAAAUACGAGGUUGAUGACAUUGAUGAAGAGCAGAAAGACAGACACGUCCUCAGCAAACGGAGGGUCAUGCCUCUGCCCCUGAUGCGGGCCAACCCGGACACGGAUCCAAACUGCCUCUUUCCCAAAUCAUCCAUUGUCAUGGCUCUCUACCCUCAAACAACGUGCUUUUACAAAGCCAUCAUAAACAGACUCCCUGUAUCCUCGAUGGAUGAAUACGAAGUACUCUUUGAGGACGCGACUUACCCUGAUGGUUACUCUCCUCCUUUAACAGUGGCUCAGCGAUACGUCAUUGCUGCAAAGGAGAAGAAAGGCAAAUAGAUGUGUUUGCUAAAUUUUGUGCAUUUCAGCCAUUAUGUAUUUUUCAUUUCCACCCAUUGAUGAGUGUGUGUUUCAAGCACAUUUAGGAAAUAAAUAUUUGAUAUCCUCACAGUAAGGUUUCUUAGUUAUGAGCA